UCGGGGACUCCUCUGUGGGAAAAUCUUGUUUGCUCCUCAGAUUCACGCGAUUAUUUGUUCAAGCUUUUGCUAAUCGGGGACUCCUCUGUGGGAAAAUCUUGUUUGCUCCUCAGAUUCGCUGGUGAUUCCUAUGUUGACAGCUACAUAAGUACCGUUGGAGUUGAUUUUAAAAUCAGAACUGUGGAGCUGGAUGGAAAGACAAUCAAGCUGCAGAUUUGGGAUACUGCUGGACAGGAGUGGUUCAGGACAAUUACAAGUAGUUAUUACCGAGGAGCCCAUGGAAUAAUUAUUGUCUAUGAUGUUACUGAGAUGGAGAGUUUCAACAAUGUCAAGCAGUGGUUGAAUGAAAUUGACAGAUGCGCAAAUGAAAGUGUAUGCAAGCUUCUAGUAGGGAAUAAGUGUGAUUUGGUCGAGAACAAGGUUGUGGACACACAAACAGCGAAGGCAUUUGCAGAUGAGCUUGGAAUCCUGUUCCUUGAGACAAGUGCUAAAGACUCAAUCAAUGUGGAGCAAGCUUUCUUAACCAUGGCUGGCGAGAUCAAGAAAAAAAUGGGUAACCAACCAACUGCGAACAAGUCAACAGGAACUGUUCAAAUGAAGGGGCAGCCAAUCCAGCAGAACAGCAGCUGUUGUGGUUAAGCAUGGCUACUAUAGUUUUCAAUUUGCCGUUACAAAAUUGCUAGACACUGAUCUCAUCUCAGAAACUGUUGACUGUACUCCCAAAUGGAUAUAUCAGAAACUGUUAAAUAUGUCUAUUUUAAUUCAAUCCUUAGCUUUUGGGAAAA